ACGGGUCUUGAGGGCGACGACUAACAACGCAGGACGGAGGCGCACUAUUCGUUCUGAACUUGCGUGCUUUCCGCUUCUAUUCCCCGGGUGAAGGCACGGAAAGGUCGACCCUCCCAUUCCGUAUGGUUUCCGGCGGAGCAUUGCACUCAUAUAAGAGAUGACUGCUACCAGAAUUCCGGAUAGGUCAAUCAAGAUAUGUGCGGAUAGAGGUGGAACUUUCUGUGAUGUACACGCGGCGUAUCCCGACCCGGAAAACCAGAGCCAGACGAAGGAAAUCGUGGUGAAGCUUUUGUCCCAGGAUCCCAAUAACUACAGUGAUGCGCCUACUGAAGGCAUCCGUCGAGUCCUCGAGAUUGCGACAGGGGAGAAGAUUCCCCGUGGGUCGAUAUUGCAGACUGACAAGAUUGAUUACAUUCGUCUUUCCACCACCGUGGCCACCAACGCACUCUUAGAACGCAAAGGCCAGAAGCACGCUCUCCUCAUAACUAAAGGAUUUAAGGACCUCCUGCUCAUCGGGAACCAGUCCCGUCCUCGAAUCUUCGACCUCAAUAUCCGACGGCCCUCUCCCCUCUACUCCAAGGUAGUUGAAAUCGACGAACGGGUGACACUGGUUGGUUACACCUCCGACCCGAAGGCGGAAGAACAUGCUUUACAGUUCAACGAGGAUGGCUCAGUGAAGCGGGGUUAUCGAGGCGCGGGCUGGGAUGGUGUAGGAGAUGCCGAGGGACCUGGACAGAUCGUGCGUGGUCUAUCCGGAGAGGCUGUCAGGAUCAUGAAAAGACCGAACCUCGAGGAAGUGAAGCGCGACCUACAGCGCCUCUACGACGAAGGCUACCGCUCCCUCGCCAUCGUUCUCGUCCACUCAUAUACCUACCCCGACCAUGAAGUCCAAGUGGGCAAGCUUGCGCGCUCACUCGGCUUCAAGCACGUUUCUGAGUCCUCCCAGCUCCUCCCCAUGAUAAAGAUGGUGCCCCGCGGCGUGUCGUCGACCGCCGAUGCGUACCUCACGCCGAUCCUACGGCAGUAUCUGGACGGGUUCUUCAGCGGGUUCGACGAGAAGCUGAAAGACGGCAGUCUGAUGAGCCCGCGCGUAGAGUUCAUGGGCAGUGACGGCGGUUUGCUGGACUUGAAGAACUUCUCUGGGCUCAAGAGUAUCCUGAGCGGGCCUGCCGGUGGAGUUGUCGGUAUGGCGCUCACUAGCUGGGACGAGAAUGAACGGCAUCCAGUCAUUGGGAUUGACGUUGGAGGAACCUCUACAGACGUUUCCCGUUUUGACGGCCGGUACGAGGUGGUGUACGAGACAACGACCGCCGGCGUGACUAUCCAAUCCCCCCAACUCGACAUCAACACUGUCGCUGCUGGCGGCGGGUCCUGCCUAGCCUUCCGAAACGGCCUAUUCACCGCGGGCCCAGAGAGCGCUGGCGCAGAGCCCGGUCCUGCUUGCUACCGCAAAGGCGGACCGCUAGCAGUGACGGACGCGAAUCUCAUGCUCGGUCGACUGAUACCGGACUACUUCCCCAAGAUCUUCGGCAAGUCUGAGAAGGAGCCGCUGGACAUCGAGGCCUCCAAGAAGCUAUUCGAAGACGUUGCGCGAGAGAUCAAUGAAGCCCACGAGAAGAAAAUGUCGCUGGACGAAAUCAUAUAUGGGUUCGUCAAGGUCGCUAAUGAAACUAUGUGCAGGCCGAUCCGUGCGCUGACGGAGGCCCGUGGUUAUGCAACCGCCAAACACAUAUUAUGCAGUUUCGGUGGAGCCGGCGGACAACAUGCAUGCGACAUUGCACAACUGCUGGGCAUCAAAACCAUUCUUAUCCACAGGUACAGUUCUAUACUGUCAGCUUACGGGCUUGCUCUAGCAGACCGGGCAUACGAAGAACAGGAGCCCGCGUCGACGAUCUACACGCCGCAGAACAGGGCCCACCUCAUUUCGCGGCUCGACAAGCUCGAGAGCCAGGUGCGCGCGGAGCUCAAGCGGCAGGGGUUCGAGGGGGACCGCGUCAAGGUCGAGCGCAUGCUGAACAUGCGGUUCGAGGGCACCGACACUGCCCUGAUGAUUCUACCGGAAGAGGCGGAUGGAGAGGGGGAGGACUUUGAGGCUGCGUUCAAGCGGGUGUACAAGAGCGAGUUUGGGUUCUUGCUGGAGACGAAGAGCGUUAUCGUCGAUGAUGUCAAGGUCCGCGGGAUCGGCAAGACGUUCGAUACGCUGGGCGAGUCCGUCCACGUCGAGGUCAAGAAGAUCGAGAAACGGCCCGUUGACCGCUUCAAAGCGGAUGGGACGUACAGUACGUACUUUGACGGGAUAGGCAGGGUCGAGGACACGCCGGUGUUCAGGUUAGAGAGCCUGCAGACUGGCGACGUGGUCGAAGGGCCGGCCAUGAUCAUCGAUGACACGCAGACGAUCGUGGUGAUUCCCGGGUGGACGGCGGUGUUGACGAGUAAGCAUUUGUAUAUUACUGAAGACUCGUGAGGACCGCGAGGGGUUUGUAGACUCUGUAUCCCUGCAUCUCGCACUGUGUUUUUAGCGUCGGAAUUGGACAUGUUUCUUGCUGGCU